AUGAGUCGCCAAUUUAGUUCUCAGUCUGCCUUUAGCUCAAGGAGCAGACGGGCCUAUAGCACCAGGUCUUCCUCGGGCUUUGGUGGUGGGAGUCGGGCUGUAGCAUCUCUGGGUCAGGCCCGAGGGAGGUGUGGCGGUGGUGGUUAUGGGGGCUAUGGGUCGGGGUUUGGUUCUAGGAGCCUCUACAAUCUGGGUGGCAGUAAAAGCAUCUCCAUGAACCUACUGGGGAGAAGCUCUAGUGGCUUCUGCCAGGGUAGGGGAGUAGGAGGAGGAUUUGGAGGGGGCAGGGGCUUUGGAGGUGGUGGCUUUGGAGGUGGUGGCUUUGGAAGUGGUGGCCUUGGGGGGGCUGGUGGCUUUGGAGGUGGUGGUUUUGGAAGUGGCAGAUUUGGAGGUGGUGGAGGGUUUGGAGGUGCUGGAUUUGGAGCUAGCAAUAUGGGGUUUGGGGGCUUUGGUCCUGCUUAUCCUCCAGGGGGCAUCCAUGAGGUGACCAUUAACCAGAGCCUCCUAGAGCCACUUCACCUGCAAGUGGACCCUGAAAUUCAGAGAGUCAAGACUCAGGAGCGGGAACAGAUUAAGAUUCUCAACAACAAAUUUGCCUCCUUCAUUGACAAGGUUCGAUUCUUGGAGCAGCAGAAUCAGGUACUGCAGACAAAAUGGGAGCUGCUGCAGCAAGUGAACACCUCAAUGCGGACCAGCAGCCUGGAGCCCCUCCUGGAGAGCUACAUCAGCGAGCUGCGGAGGCAGGUGGAUACUCUCAAUGCUGAGCAGAUGCGCCAAAACUCGGAGAUCAGGAGCAUGCAGGACGUCGUGGAAGACUAUAAGAACAAGUAUGAGGAAGAAAUCAACAAGAGGACCAACUCUGAGAAUGACUUUGUUGUUCUAAAGAAGGAUGUGGAUGCUGCUUAUAUGGGCAAAGCUGACCUGCAAUCCAAAGUGGAUACCCUGUAUGGGGAGAUCAAUUUUCUGAAAUUCUUUUAUGAAACGGAGCUGUCCCAGAUGCAGACCCACAUCAGUGACACCAAUGUCAUCCUGUCCAUGGACAAUAACCGCUCCCUGGACCUGGACAGCAUCAUUGAUGCCGUGCGGGUUGAGUAUGAGAUGAUCGCACAGAGAAGCAAGGAUGAAGCAGAGGCCUUAUACCAGACCAAGUACCAGGAGCUCCAAAUCACAGCAGGUAGACAUGGAGAUGACCUGAAGAACACCAAGAUGGAGAUUUCUGAGCUCAACCGCACCAUUCAGAGGCUGCAGGCAGAGAUCGGCAACGUCAAAAAGCAGAUUGAACAGAUGCACUCAGCCAUUGGGGAGGCAGAAGAUAGGGGAGAGCGGGCCCUCCAGGAUGCAAAGCAGAAGCUGCAGGGCAUGGAUGAGGCCCUCCAGCAGUCCAAGGAGGACCUGGCCCGGCUGCUGAGAGACUACCAAGCCAUGCUGGGAGCCAAGCUGUCCCUGGACGUGGAGAUUGCCACCUACCGCAAGCUCCUGGAGUGUGAGGAGAGCAGGAUGUCUGGACAGCUGCAGGACCAUGUGAGCAUAUCGGUGCAUAGCACCCAAACUACCUACAGUGGCAGCAGCAGCAGCGGCGGCGGCGGCGGAAGUUACGGAGGCGGGGCUUCCCGAGGGGGCGGUGGCGGCGGCGGAACUGUUGGGAAAGGGAAGUUUGAUCCCAGUGGGCUUCUGGAGGACAGGAAGGUGGCACAGAGCUAG